AUGGCCGAAGGGAACAACCGCCUUUCCCGCAAUGCCCCUCUCCAGCCUGUUUGCCAAUGCAGUUAUAAGGGCACAGCAUCUCACCUGCUGGCAGCUGAUACCUUCAAGGAGUUUGAACGUUCCUACAUCUCAGAAGCCCAGCGGUAUUCCAACAAAAACUCUCCGUCUUCAUACUGUUAUUCCGAAACCAUCCCUGCGCCCACAGGGAAGGAAGAUGCCCAGCAAAGAACAGACAUGGAGCUGCUCAGGUUUUCGCUAACUCUCAUUCAGUCCUGGCUCGGUCCUGUACGGUUCCUAAGCAGGGUGUUCACUAAUAGUCUGGUCUUUGGGACUUCGGACAGAGUGUAUGAAAAACUCCAAGACUUGGAAGAAGGUAUCCAGGCUCUCAUGAGGGAGCUGGAGGACGGGAGCUCACGGGGCGUCCAGCUGCUCAGGCCCACCUACGACAAAUUUGACGUCAACCUCCGGAGCGAAGACGCUCUGCUGAAAAACUACGGCCUUCUGUCCUGCUUCAAGAAGGACCUGCACAAGGUGGAGACCUACCUGAAAGUGAUGAAGUGCCGGCGUUUCGGGGAAGUUAACUGCACCAUCUGA